GGUUGCCGGAAGGGGGCGGGUCCCCGGAAGCGCGCGGCGGGCCGGGGUCCUUCCGCCGCCGGUAGCAGCAGCAGCAGCAGCAGCAGCAGCAGCAGCAGCAUGGCCGCCGUCCCGCCCGACUCCUGGCAGCCGCCCACCGUCUCCAUGGAGACCACGAUGGGCCCGCUGGUGCUGGAGCUGUACUGGAAACACGCCCCCCGCACCUGCAAGAACUUCGCCGAGCUCUGCCGCCGCGGCUACUACAACGGCACCAAGUUCCACCGCGUCAUCAAGGACUUCAUGGUGCAGGGGGGGGACCCCACCGGCACCGGCCGCGGCGGUGCCUCCAUCUACGGCAAACAGUUUGAGGACGAGCUGCACCCCGAGCUGAAGUUCACCGGCGCCGGCAUCCUGGCCAUGGCCAACGCGGGGCCGGACACCAACGGCAGCCAGUUUUUCCUGACGCUGGGCCCGGCGCAGUGGCUGGACGGGAAGCACAGCAUCUUCGGGAGGGUCUGCCAGGGGAUGGGGGUGCUGGGCCGCCUGGCCAUGGUGGAGACCAACGCCCAGGACCGGCCCCUCGACGACGUCAAGGUCAUCAAGGCUUUUCCUUCGGGCUAGCAGGGGGGGUUGCCGGGGAGGGGGGUGUUGUGGGGUGUCCCCCCCACCCCGGUUUGUAGCGCUCGGUUGUAAUAAAAGAGGUGGGAAGUGGUGGUGACAGCC